GCUGGUGUGGACAUUGAGAUCAGUGUCUUUGACAAGCAGUGUCUGUACUUGGAAAUCUUUGGCACUUUCCACAGCAGGUGUGGUACUUGUGCCCCCGGAACAAAUGGACCCUCGUCCACUGUUCCAGGCGGUGGACGCCUUGUGCCAGGAUAACAUCCAGCACUUUGGGGCAUCUAGUUCUGAAGUAGCUUCUCGUCUGGUUAAAGCUUUCUCCUGCAUCCAGGUGCAAGGGCAAGGACUAGAACCAUCUAUGCGUGCUUUGGCUGCUGUGUGCCCAUUAUUCGACUUGGAUCCGAACACCCCUGCAAAUGGAUAUCGUAGCCUGAUAAAAGUGGUGCUUUCCUGCACCCAGCAUAUUUUACAUAAGUGCCGCUAUGUUACUGCCAACCGCCGAAGCCUCUUCUUCAGAGCUGCGCACAACUGUGCAGAGCUGGAGGCCUACGGAGCUGCCCUCACCCAGCUACGUGCCCUGCUCUGCUUUGCACAACGAUUGCUCACAGCUAACCAACACGGGGAUCUUUUCUUCAGACAAGAGCGUGGUUUAUCCGAGGAAUUUCUGCGGGAGUACAGUACAAUGCACAAGGGCUGUUUCUAUGGGCGCUGCCUUGGCUUUCAGUUCACCCCUUCCAUCCGCCCAUUCUUGCAAACCAUCUCCAUUAGUUUGGUGUCUUUUGGAGACAAUUAUAAGCGGCAUGAAUCUGGAAUUACUGAGGGAGUGCUUGGUAUUUACUAUGGUGUAGCUGCCAGCUCUUUCUUAAUAAGUGGUAGAUAUGCAAUCGAUCCUGAACUGCGUGGGGCAGAAUUUGAGAGGAUUACACAGAACUUGGAUGUGAAUUUCUGGAAAAGCUUUUGGAACAUCACAGAAAUGGAAAUUCUCACGUCUCUAGUUGGCAUUGCAUCCACCACUGUGCGUAUCAACAAGAUCAUAAUUGUGCCUCCUCAACCCUUAGAGAUGCCUUUAGCUUCUGACCCUCGGCUUACGGUCACUAUUAAGCCUCCUGUUGCUCAUACUGGACCAGGACCUGUGCAUAUGCGCCUCAUCUCUUACCAGCUGCGGGAGGGCCAGGAAAGUGAAGAGCUGAAUGCUUUUGUAAAGCCUGAAGGUUCUCUGAGCCUUGACCUUCACCUACGAUCCCGCCCGGGUCCUCUGUCUCCUGACCUCAUCAUUCAUUUCCAUGGGGGCGGAUUUGUGGCUCAGACCUCAAAGUCCCACGAACCAUACUUGAAAACCUGGGCGCAGGAGUUAGAAGCCCCAAUACUUUCCAUAGAUUACUCACUUGCUCCUGAGGCUCCAUUCCCACGAGCUCUAGAGGAAUGUUUCUAUGCAUACUGCUGGGCAUUAAGAAAUUGUCGACUACUUGGUUCCACAGGUGAACGAGUGUGCCUGGCUGGUGACAGUGCUGGUGGUAACCUGUGUAUCACAGUAUCACUCCGUGCUGCCUCUGUUGGAAUUCGGAUGCCAGAUGGAAUAAUGGCAGCCUAUCCAGCAACCCUCUUGCAAGCCACAGCAUCACCUUCUCGCUUGCUUACUCUAAUGGACCCCCUGUUGCCGCUCAGUGUGCUGUCGAAGUGUCUGAGUGCCUAUGCAGGCACUGAGAGAGUCCCAGUGGAUGACCGGGUGGUCGAAACGCAGAGUACUGUGAGUCAAGUCAAAAGAGGGACUGCUUUGUUUCUCAGAGACAUCCGUCAGGGGGCUGCAUCCUGGCUGAGCACAUUCAUGGAUGGGGGAAAAUAUAAGGAAAGUCAAGAAACCGUUCGUAAAAGUGUGUCAGAGGCAGCUCUUUCUCUGGAAGAAGCAUCUUCCACAAAGCACAGAGUUUCCUUAAAAAGCAAGACCUAUCAGGAUCUGAGCCACCAUCAAUACAGUGACCAAGAAAUAGGCCGAAACUUGCACAGCAUUCAGAAUGGGGGACCAAGUAUUAAAGAAGCACAAAGCCACCAGCCCUCAUUCAUAUCCGUGCAAACAAACGACAAAGAGCCCCUUUCUCCCAUCAGUCCCCAUGAGCAGGGGGUGAACUUCUUUCUGACGGAGAGUGAGAAUGAGAGCGAUGCUCAUGAACAUUCCUUUGAUAAAACUAACGCACACUCCAAAGAGAACAUUCCUCCAGCACACUCCAAUGAGGAUAAACAACCUUCACUUGGGUUUCCAGAUGGAUUUCAGCCUCUGCGUUCUAAGAAUGGUGUAGCUCACAUGACCUUACAGACCUCCCCUAUAGUAAAUAACCCCUACAUGUCCCCUUUGCUGGCUCCUGACAGUAUGCUCCAAGGUUUGCCUCCUGUACACAUUGUGGCCUGUGCUCUAGACCCGAUGUUGGACGACUCUGUGAUGUUUGCCAAAAGACUGCGUGAGCUGUCUCGCCCCGUCACUUUACAUGUGGUGGAAGAUCUCCCUCAUGGGUUUCUUAGUCUGUCACAGCUUUCUCGUGAAACCAGAGCAGCCACUGAAGUGUGUGUACAGUGCAUCCGUCAGAUCCUGCGAGAAGAGGCUCCCUCUUCCACGGCACCACGAAAACACCGCAAGUUGGAACGAGUCCUUGGGAACAAACCAGUGACUGACCGUGAAGUUGGCGCUUAAACCUCUACUAUAUGUGAAAACCUAGUGCAAUAAUCAGAACUUCCUCAAGCUUGGAUCACUCCUCUAUUUUAUUUCUAUAAGGGUUUAAAGCUCUGUAUUACCUGCAGAAUACAAAGCUGCAUGGAUUAACGUAGAGCAUCAUAUUUGCAACCAUAUUAUGGUGCUUGAGAUAGGUUUUCGUUUGAGCUGUCAGACCCCUUUUUCAAUGAAUGGCAGUGAGCAGCAUCUUGGGGUUAUUCUCUAACAGUCUUUCAUAUGCUGAUGGAGAAUGAGGGCAAAGGAAAUAUAUGUGAAGUCUCUUUACUAAGCUCUAAUUUACACACAUGGUCCAGUAUAAGCAAGCUAUGGCUGCCACUCCCAUGAUAUGCAUUAUGGGAAUCGGGAUCCUUAGAACAAGCAUACCAGAGUUUGCCUACCUUUGCAAAAGACUGAAUAAAUGUCUCUUCUUACCACUCUCCACAUGCAGUUAAUCAAAACCUCAACUGUAUGUUAAACUUUUUAUAAAUUAUUGCACUUUUUCUAUUCAAACAAAAUGAGAAUUGUAUUACUAUUCUGUUGUCUAAGUCACUAGGAUUGUGUUGUACAUGUAGUCUUUUCGUUGCUCUAUUUUGACAUCUGGAUGAAGGGUCUUGGUACUAGAAGCAAUAUUCCCUUUGUGUUUUUAUAAGGAGUUUUUUUUUUUUUUUCCGUUUUUUUUUUUUUUUUAUUGCUUAUCUCCUGUGAUUAGAUUCUGUCCAUUAAUUUAUUUUGUAUUAACCUAUUUCCCAGAACUCUUACUACACUAACAUGACUAUAGAGUAUCGACAUAAAUGUCUGUGCCUGUAACUAUUUUUGUUAACGGUGUACAGACAUCACACGUCUUUCAGAGUAUGUGUCUGCUUUGUAUCUAGAACUAUACAUAAAUAUAUUUUUACAUGUUGUUUUGUAUGUAUGUGUGUAUGUGUGUGUGUGUGUAUAUAGAUAUACAUAUUCUAUCCCUGGGACAAUAUUAUAGCAUUGUUUGUUUAGGUAUGAUGUUAAAAUGAUAAUAUACACAGAAGCAAACAUAUUCUUGAUAUUGACUAGUUGAGAAGUUGAUAUUUAGUGGUUUGAUAUUGUGGCUUUUUCCAUUGUGGCACCUGAAUGAUAACCACAUUACCAUAGAUACAGCCUCGAAGUUUCUAAAUAAUUUUACACCGAACCUUUAAAGGGACACUCCACUGCCCAGAUACAAUUGUUUUUUUUUUAUUUUUGAGGACCACUAUAGGCACCCAGACCACUUCAGCUUAAUGAAGUGGUCUGGGUGCCAGGUCCACCUAGGAUUAACACUUUGGAAAAAUGUAAUUGACAGCCACUAGAGGCGCUUCUCACUGUGAAAAUCAUAGUGAGAAGACACAAGCGUCCAUAGGGAAAGCAUUAAGAAUGCUUUCCUAUGAGACUGGCUGAAUGUGCGCGCGGCUCUUGGUGCGCAUGCGCAUUCAACCGAUAACGGAAGAAGGAGGAGAUUCUCCAGCACAGAGGGAGCCCGGCACUGGAGAAACAUGAGUUUUUAACACCCUUCCUCUGCAUCCAGCCCGGUGGGAGUGGGACCCUGUGGCGAGUGUGUUUUCCUGGCACUACAGUGGUCCUUUAAAAUCACUGUUUAAUAGAUAUACCCCAUUUUAAACAUGUAUGCAUUUAAUUAUGGAUUUUUUCAUUGGGGGUAUAUCUUAAAACAGCUUGCAAAAGUUGCAGUUCUGCGGCCUUUGCAAGCCUCUCACUUCCUCUCCUGCCCAGACUUUCUGUGACUGUCCAAACACAGACUUCCCAAUGCAUCUUAAUGAGCAGUCUUGCAAUGCAGGUGCUCUGAGCAAUUGACUGCCUCUUGAGUUUAGCUCCACUGAGCUAAUCAACCAGGAACUAACUUGACAAGUUUUCUAAGAGCAGCGGAUGUAACCAGGUUAAUUUAUAAAAGUGCCAAUUUCUUUUGAAAACUGCUUCUUGUAAAAUGUAAAGACACACUCUUUGCACAUAAAGCACUUCAAUAAGGGCUCUAGGUGUUUGGAGUGUUGCUUUAAUAAAUGUUACCCAUAGGUCAAA